AGGUCUCAGUCAGUUGGGUUGCGCCCUUAUUGGCUUGCCCGAGUGUUUUCAUGCUUUAGCUAAACCAAACACAACGUGAAAGAAAAAUAAAUUUCUUAGAAAGAAAAGCCUUUGGUUGGUGGAGUGGGAAAAACUUGUGGUGCUCAACACUGCUAUAGAAUAAUAUAUAAACAAAAAAGUGACUGCGUAUAGUGGUGACAAGAGUUACCUGAAUUGUGUAAAGCCAUCCUCCCCAAAAGUGAACAAUAACAUAUUGUUUUCCUCUUUCUCUCUCUGUUUCUCUUUGUGUAUUAUAUAUAUAUUUGUUUGGCCACACACAUAGGCAGGAAGUCUUAUACUCUUAAGAUAUGGGUUUGAUACUCAUGGCCAUGCUUUGCUGUGUUUCUCUAUUGAUUCUCUCGGUACCUUUUGCUUCCUCGCAUGCUCUUGACCAGUCUUCUCCCUUGCAAGCAACUGAAGCAGUGCAUUCUCCUCGUCUCGUUUUGUCAAGGAAGUUCAAAAUGUUGGAAGAAGCGAAGGUUGUUGAAGCUCACGGAUUCCAAGCUUCCAAACAAGAAGAUGAGCAGAAGGAAACUGUUUCAGGUCAGGCUUAUAAAAGGGAGGAAAACAAAGGGAAGGGGAGAAAGUGGGGGAAUGUGGCCGACAUGUCGUCGCGGUUUUUCACAAUGGACUACGCUCACAUAAAACGGCGCCGUCCCGUACAUAACAUGUCUCGCCAACGUCCUUGAAGUUAUCUCAAUUUCUAAUCUAACCCCUUCAUUUCUUUUCCUUUUCCAAUUUUAACCCAUGAAAAUGAAGGAUUUGCAUUCUUAGCCCAUAUGUUAUGGCCGACAAAAUGGCAGACUAGUUUAGAGGCUUACUAUAAUUAAAAUUAUUAAAUUAGUGGGACCCACUUGGAGGUCUGUGGAUGUAUGUAACUAUCAUUUCUCU